AUGUUUGCAGGUGAUACUGAAUCAAUCUACUCGUUCGAUAAUUCCUAUCCACUCAAAGCGGCCACUGAACCUUGGACAACCUUCAGAGAACGUGAAUUUGGAUGGAGUGGAAACGUAAGCGGAAUAAGGGCAGGCAAAGAUGAUGAUGCAAUUGCUCAAAACUUGAAAUUUGAGCGUCCGCCACAAAACUCAAGAGGCCCAGGAUCUCAAGUUUCCAGUCUUGGUUUCAAUGACGAGAAAGAUCAAUGGGAAUAUGUAAAGUUGAGGAAAAACAGAUCAACUGGAGAGAAUGGGAAAGCCUUAGGAUCUCGAAAUAGAAGACCAACUCCUUCAGAGCGGAUUGAUUCAAAUAUACAAUCAAAUCUUAGAGAUUCAGCUUCUGGAUUCAAGUCAACUCAGCCUAUACAUCAUGAAGAUGAUUGUCAAGGCAAGAAAUCCCAACCUUUCCGAUCCCGUUCUUGUCAUGGGGCAAGAAGAAAAUCAGAAAACAAUGAGAAAGGAUCAAGGUCUACAAAACUCGAUAUACCACAUAACUCAAACUCGAAACGAAAAAGUUGGCUGAGUGACACAGAUGAGGAUUUGUAUGAUAUGUCAAGAAAUGUAGAAGAUCUCGAGUUGAGCACACACUUUAUCACAAACUGUAACAGAAGACAAACGACUGGAGUUAGAGAUUCAAGUCCAGGUGUCGGACGUAUUUUUAAACAUUUAUCGAGGCGGUUGACAAUGGAUGAUAAAUCGAAAAGAAGAAAGGCACCGAUGCCUUCUGAAGGAGGAAUGUAUCUGUCACAUCAAAUGGUUGGAGCUUCAUCACCUUAUCCUGUUAGACCACCUUUACCAGGAUUUGAUAGGCUUUCACUUGAGACAUCACAUGAUUUGCGCUGA